AUGCCUAGCUGGGUCCCGAGGAUGCAGCGUUUGGUGAAGGUAAAGGUGCGAGCUCUUCGUGGCGCUUAUAUGCCCGUCGAGCUCAUCGGCGCCGCAGUGCAGUCAGACCUUGACCAGACUCAACCAGGCCUCAAGAAGACCGUAACCAGACCUCAACCAGACCACAAACAGACCUCAAGUAGAGCUCAAGCAGGCCUCAAGCAGACCUCAAACAUCGUUCUGCAGAUAUCCGCUAGGCCAUCACCAGGCCGUCACCGCCGCGCCUGUCGGAGCUCCGACUGCUCCCGGCCUCUAUCAUCAGAUGGUGAGCUGGCAGGCUGUAGUCUCGAGACAGAGAGCGCGCACGUGUCAUGCAUGGUCGAUGUAGCAGCGGAGGUGUUAGUCGCGCGACUGACGUCUGGAGUUUGGAGAGGGGAUGGCAGCCACGGCGCGAGAUGUAUAACAACGCCGUUCGAAGUGCACCUUUCACUGUUCUCAUGCGCAAGAAACAUGGUGAAUUGGGGAUCGUUUGGUCGAGGUGCUUGGAAUGGUGGGAUGGUGGGAUGGUGGGAUGGUGGAAUGUGGUGUGCGGACUGGGAUGAGAUUUGGAUUGCGCUGAGGUGGACAGGAAUUUCUGUCCACCUCCGCCAUCCACCUGUCUGUCCACCUCACAGCAUAGCACCAAUGCAUGCAUAUCACAGCCUGCACUGGAUAGCAAUGCAAUGCGUGAUUGAAUGCGACAAUGUUAUGCUCCCUGCAUUCCAGCUGUCCACAGGUCCUCCGCGAGAUUUGAACUUCUGCGUACGCGCGAACACUACACCACCACCAACACCGCCGCCUCAACGCAAGAAGGCUUGCCCAACAGCCCGACAGCGACGCACUGCAGCCAGCGCUACCAUGAGCGACUCCAUCCCAAAGGUCGAGGUAACCAGCGCCGAAAUCAAACCACGCAGCACCAUCACGCUCUUCUAUGGCCUCGAGUCGUCGACAUCAUCCACACCGCUCUCCCGCGACGAUGCUCUGUCGCGCCGACGUCACACCGCCUACGCCCUGCCUGCCCUGGCCCGCUGGCAAACCGACCGCCUCGCUGCCUUGCUCAACACCCAAGGCAUCUCCGAAGCCUCGUUGCUAGAGCUGCGCAACCACCGUCUCGAGUCCCAGAAGAUCGUCAUGCUUUGCGUCCUCGUCGCAUGGCCGUGGUGGACGAAGAUUGAGGAUGACGAGGAGCAAGGCUUGGCUAUUGAGAUGGUGUACGAGUGGUUGAAACAGAGCUACACUGGCCCCGAUGUCACCCUCCCGGGUGGUAUAUCGCUGCCCAGUGUUGUCCAGGUGUCGAUGGGAAUGAAUAGGAACAUUGAUGAUGUAUCCGGUGAACACCAACCGGAGAUGGAGGAGAUGGGAAAGUCGCGGGCCUCCGCCCAGCCGCCGCCGCCGCCCACUGCUGACCGCGGUCCUUGGGCACCAACCAAGCAUCAACUCAAUACGUUGCAAAGCAUUCAAGACUUGACCGCGUCUGACUUGACACCGAAGGGCCUCGCCUAUCGAGUCAAACAGGAGUUCGAUGCAGCACCUUUCCAAUCGCCUACUCUCCCAGAACUCCUUGGCCUCGUUUGCGAAGACGAGCUCGUACUCUUGCAUUCACCCCAACCCCAAGAUUUGUGUGACAAACCUCCUGGCGCUUUGUCCGGCGCACUCGAGACGGUGCAACGGGAUGGGACAGCGCGAGCCAUAAUCAAGAGAACGACGCUUGCUGCUCCACCACCGACCCUAGCCCGAACAUCGACCGGUCCAACACUUCCGCCUCCUCGUCGAGCUUCCGGAGGCUUCUCUCUGGCUCCGCCAAAAAUUCGAGAAAUGCCAGCAAGGCCUGCAGAGCAAGCAAGGCCAAUCACCACCCGUCCCGUCAUACGCCACGCAACUCGUGGCCAUGCUGGGGAUCUAUUCCUCAGCUCUGGCUCGCACUCCACUCACCCCAAUGUGGAUGACACAGAAGGAGUUGCUCCUGGCUAUCCUGUUCUGAAUUCCUACUCUGACUCCCAACAAGCAAGCACAACUCUACCAACCAUCACCGAUCGCCGAGGCUACCCUGCUCUGGCUUCCAAUUCCAACUCCGAACGAGUCGAGACAAGUCCAUCAACGGGUGUUGGUCCGGAGUAUUUCGAUUCCGGCUCUGACUCCGAAGAAGUCAAGACAAGUCCAUCAACGGGUGUUGGUCCGGAGUAUUUCGACUCCGACUCCGAGCAAAGCAACCCAAACCUCGCAAAUCGCGUUGCUCCCGAGGAACGCUUUGAGAUCAGCUCUGGUGACUCCUCUGACAACUCCUCAGAUCAGCCGCCCACGGCUGCUUCCUCGCCAGCGGCGGGAGGGAGCGAGCGCAUGAAUAGCGCUCCUACCAACAGUCUCCGCCGCCCUCAAACUGCUCGCGGCCUCUCCGAGCCGUCGAUAAUUCGAUGGCCGAAUUUCCAACACUUCACAUUGAAUGGUAACUGUGUCAGCUUUCGAUUGGCCGUCGUUGUGGCUCGGGCAAUUUUGUGGUCGUGGGUGAGACAGAAGGCAGCGCCCUUCGCUCUGCAGCAAAGAUGA